GUGCUUUCACUAGUCAGAGAUACUGACAGACAUCAACCAAUCACUGACAGUACUUACUCCGGGGAAUUUAAAAUCAAGCAAAGCCUAAGAUAAAAGACACGGUUUUCGCUUCACAUUGCUCAACAGUUAACUCAAAAUGCAUUGCUUUAACAUUGCAAUAGUUCUUCCAAUAUUGGUUUAUUUGCAGUUCAUCGACAUCAAAGGAGCUCUUAGUGCAGUAGAUGUCAAACAGAAUGAAUGUUACAAGAGCAAAGCUCUCCUCGACUGUCCUUUAUACAAAGAUCCUUCCAUGGUCUUGAAAUGGCGCUAUCAGGAACUCUUGACAGGGAGAUGGUCAAAAAUUGCAAUAGUUAAAAGUGGAAAAGCAAGGGUUUUUCCCGUGAAUAGUAACUUGGAUGGGAGAUUCAUCCUACACUCAAAUGGGUCGCUAGAAAUCAGGUCACUUCAUCACGAUGACGAGACUCUGUAUCAGUGUAUCGUGAUGCAGAGAGGAGACAGAGAAGCUCAUCUGAUCGAACUGAAUGUUGCUUGUGGUCACACCACCGUCACGAAACGUGAAGUCUGCAUAGAAGAAGACGUUGUUCUCGAUUGUGACGCAAAGCACAGAACAAACCCGAGAAAACUAAAACAAGUUACAUGGAAGAAGGAGAGUGACGGGAAGCAAGGCUCUUCGUUUUCAAAAGUUGCAGCUUUGUAUGACGACGUGACAACAGAUGCGAACGAUGGAUUUAGUAUCCAUAGUAACGGGGCUUUGUUGGUGAGGAAGGGAAGAGAGGAGGGGAAUAUGACUUACAAGUGUGACGUUUCUAGGACAGAUGGAAACAAAGACGAGACGCAUUUGGUUCAUGUAAAGAGCAUUAAAUGCCGAAAUGAAACGCAAAAGCCAGUUAAGAGAAACAUUGGCAGUGUUUCUAUGACAACCGAGGGAGCCAGUGUUAUUAUUACACAGAAAACGAUUGUCUGUGGAGGUGUUCUGAACAAUUCUGUCGGUACAUUCCAAUCACCGAAUUUCCCAAGUGCAUAUCCUGCAAACUCUCAUUGUAAAUGGACCAUCAGUCUCCCCCAGGACUACGCUGCCAUCAAUAUCACACUUGAUCACCUGAACUUGGAACCUGAAAAAAGAUGUCGGUACGACUACCUAGCCGUCUAUGACCGACUAGAUAAUCAGGUCGGUUGCCGCCAUUGUGGGUUAUACGGCAAAACCAUAAUUUUCCAAGUCAGGGGGAGAACGGCAGUUGUUGUCUUCAAAUCAGAUGAUUCUGUACAGAAGACAGGUUUCAAGGUCAGCUACCGUGGUGUUUGAUCUGUCAAGACCCUACCAUUACCACCCUACCAAGGAAUGUCUUAUCUACUAAAAACACACGUAAAGGAAAUAUAAUUAAUUUCUAUAAUUAAUAAUAUAGUAAGUAAUAGUUUUAGCUAUUUAAAAACAUUAUAUAACAUGUCAGAUUAUCGUUGUGACAUAAGAGCAAAAGGAUCGAAUUGGUUGGUUAGUUUUACACCAAUGUUAUCCAGCCCUGAAACAAGGGCGAAUCCAGGGGGGCAAAGGGGGACUGAAGCCCCCCCCCCCCUUCAGCAGAAAAACAAAAAAAAACAAAACUGAAGAUUUAGAUGCUCUUUUUACCGUUUUCCUUUGUGUUGACGGAAGAAACUCGAUUAGCCCUUCCCC